GUGCUAACGCUGAGUGGAUUUCCUUGCUUGUCCAGAACUACUAGGGAGCACGUUGCAUCGAACCCAAUGCCCUUUAUUUCAUCUUUGGAACAAUACGAGGCAACAUUCUACAAAUUAAAAGUUUACAUAUAGAAAAUAAAUGCAGAACUCGUUUAAAACGUAUAUGAAUACUUACGCGUACACAUUCACAAACGGCAUUCCAGAUGUUUUCGCUUGAUUGCUCAUAGUGGUUGGUGAGAGGAUUCCAUGUUUGCGUAGGUAUGACAUGGGUUUUCAGAAUCUUACCUGCGCUACUAACUAGGGCCGCCCGAACACUUCCAGUCCCAACAUCAACACCAAUUAAAUUUACCUUAGCCAUUUCUGCUGAGCUUGUUCAAUAGCUAGUCUUUCUUGAACGAGUGCUUUAAUGUCAUGGAUGCUGCUUGAAAGAAUACGGGCUCCAACGGAAUUGAGGCCUGAGUUGUUUAUAGAAUAUGGGUAAAUCAAGAGAUAACGAUUAGUUAUGAGCAAGAUUGCAGGAUGCUUAUCACAUAUAUAAAUGAUGCAAUAAAACAAGAGAAGCACGGUACCUAAUAUGAAACAGUUCACUAAAACCUGUUAGUUGCGUAGAUGGGGGCAUAUUGAGCGUUACACCUUCAAUUUGGAGAGAAUAAUUUUCAGAGCGGCCUUUGCUUUUUGACUGGAUGAACAUAAGUAUAUGACGGGAUUUUAUUUUAGGAGAUGCUUAAAGCACAAGUAAAAUAGAGCUUCUCCUAUAUGGGACUAUGGGAGUGCGUAAUGUAUGACAGAAUAACAAAUUAGUAUGUACUCAUAUGUUAUUUACUAACAACAGCUGUAGUAGAAACAGUACAUAUAAAAUGUUACGUCAUUACUGAGUCUACAUCGCAAGACACCAACACGUUCAAGCAAAUCCGGAGUAAAUUGUAAAUUGGUCCUAACCGACGAAUUGUAAAUUAAUGAAAAAAUGCCUCAAACAGAUAAAACAGGUUACUGCCUUCCUAGUAACAACAAAAAAGUAACAUAUGGCCACUUUAUUCGACCAACUUUAAUGUUACAGUAGUCGAGUCGAAUUUCAGUAGAGCAGCUUGUGACCAAAUCUGAUGGCUCUCAAACCGAAGUUCACAUAAACAGCGUUCGAGUGCCCGAAAAAAAGAUAACGAUGUAUUUUGCGGUAAGAACAGUAAAAGAACAAUGUUGUUAACAGUACUGUAGUACUGUAAGCUUGCAAACCUUUUUUGUCACUACCAUGUUUCAACAACGUUUUUUGUUGUUGAAUCUAUCACCGACACUAAUUUUACCAUGAAAAACCUUGUCAGUGACUCCCGAAUGUAUGACGAAAAUGCUUGUAAAAAUGCUGUUAAGAUACAUACAUAACAAAAUUACGAUAUAACUAUGUACAAUCACAGCAACUUUCAAAGUUUUUUCAAUGUUAUUUUUUCAGAUGAGCGGUUCACAGGGCUCAGAGCAGUUCAGAGUCACUCUUUUAAAAGAGCCGUUUUGCCCACUUCUGGAUACAUUUAUCACGAAGCGGUCCUGUUUACAAACAAACGAUUCCGUUCAGUUAACAGAUUCUUCCCGUUUUGGAGUUUUUAAAGUGUAUAUCAGUUCCAAAAAAAAAAAAAAACAGUUACCGCUGGUUUAAAAAACCGCUAUUAGAUGGAACCUGGAUGGAACCACUGUUGAUUGUGACUUUUUUUCGCGAAAAAUAGAAGUGCAUCCAAUUGCGUUAAUAUCUUCUACAAAUAGUGCGGAAAUUGGUUGAAGAUACCAACAUGAUUGGAUAUCCCCGCGCACUUUUACGAUGUUUUUCAGGCCUUUUGCGAAAAAAAUCGUAUACAAUAUAUCCCAGAAUGCUGCCCGAAGCGCACUUUAAAAUUUGUCAGCUUCAACCCACCACCGCACGUGCUAAGUUCGUAAACAAUUAUCUGGCAUCUCUUUUUUACUUGCGUCUUAUAUGGCGGUGACGUUUUAUUAUUCCUCUGCAGUUUGGCCCGCACACAGUGGAAUAAAGAAAUUCGCUAAUAGAUAUUUAUGAAAUGUUUCAUUUAUUAGCACAGAAGUAAGUGGAAUCCACUUGGCAGUAACGUGUCGAUUUUUUAUAGUGUAUUUAAACAGUGACCGCACUAUUCAAUCCGUAUUCUAGAUAUAAUCUGGCACCACUGCUUCUGACAGUUGUGAUUUUGUAUUAAAGGCUUGGAUGUUUAUAUACCUAUCAAUUUUCUUACAUGUGAAUUUAUAGAUAUAUUUUAUUUAAGUACUUGAGUUAUGGUUCGUGUUAAGAAUAGAUAUAUCCUUGUACAACUUCUGUGCAACAACCGCUCUGAGACGGAUGCUUUUGAACUCACAUCUAGUCAUUUAACAAACUUUUUGCGACAGAAGAUCGAAAAGUACUAUGGCGAAUUCGGCAUUGCGAGCACACUAAGACUGUAUGUAAUCUACUUUAAUGCAAAAACGCGACUCUGCGUUAUACAGACUCGUCACGGACCACAUCGUUUCGUCACUAGUAUUCUACCUUUGUUAACGGUGGCUGACAAGGAGACUGUACGCUAUCGCACAUUAUAUGUGGGAGCAACACUCCAGCAGUGCCAGAAAUUCAUUGCACGCUAUCAACAAGAAUAUGUUAAUAAAAUGAUUGGUCACUGCAUAGGAAAAUCACAAAAAGAAUUGUUUAUACAAGAAGUAACAGAAAUGAAGCGAAUAUAGCUAGUAAGAUAUUUCAUAGUUAGAAAUACAGAACAAUUUGUGUUAUAUGUACAAAACA